CGGAGGAGGGUAUAAAAGGGGCGCUUGGCGGGCCGUGGCGCUCGGCGAUCAGUUGCGUUCCCGCGUUCGUUCUGUGCUGCCGGUCGGUGCCGCCGCUGCGAGGAUGUUUGAGGCGCGGCUCGUGCAGGGCUCCGUCCUGAAGCGGGUGCUGGAGGCCCUCAAGGAUCUCAUCACCGAGGCCUGCUGGGACCUGGGCUCGGGCGGUAUCAGCCUGCAGAGCAUGGACUCCUCGCACGUCUCCCUGGUGCAGCUCACGCUGCGCUCCGAGGGCUUCGACACCUACCGCUGCGACCGCAACAUCGCCAUGGGCGUCAACCUCUCCAGCAUGUCCAAAAUACUGAAAUGUGCUGGAAACGAAGAUAUCAUAACCCUCCGAGCAGAGGACAAUGCGGAUACGCUGGCUCUAGUGUUUGAAGCACCAAAUCAGGAAAAGGUUUCUGAUUACGAGAUGAAGCUGAUGGAUCUCGAUGUGGAGCAGCUUGGAAUUCCAGAACAAGAAUAUAGUUGUGUAGUGAAAAUGCCUUCUGCUGAGUUCGCCCGCAUCUGCAGAGAUCUCAGCCACAUCGGCGAUGCCGUUGUCAUCUCCUGUGCGAAAGACGGUGUGAAGUUUUCGGCUAACGGGGAGCUGGGAAAUGGGAACAUCAAACUGUCGCAGACCAGUAACGUGGAUAAAGAGGAGGAAGCUGUUACAAUCGAGAUGAAUGAGCCAGUCCAACUGACCUUUGCCCUGAGGUACCUCAACUUUUUUACCAAAGCCACUCCUCUGUCACCCACAGUAACCCUCAGCAUGUCUGCGGAUGUCCCGCUUGUUGUGGAGUACAAGAUUGCUGAUAUGGGACACUUAAAAUACUACCUGGCCCCAAAGAUUGAAGACCAACAAGAUGGCUCUUAAUUGGAGUAGGACUGAGGGGGAGAUCCGGGCAGCUGCCUUGGAGAAGGAAGCGCUGGUGGUAGCAAUUUCAGUGCGUCGGAGCAUCGCCUGAGCGCUGUUAGGCAUGUCGUGUAGAUAUCUUUGUAAAUAUUUUUCAACUUGCUCUUUUGCUGUACUGGUGUCAUUGGAAAUAGGAAACUUUGUUUUUUUCUAGGCUGUUCCUGUACUUCCAAUAAUCUCUUAGGUAGAUGCUGUCUUGAGGUGAAAUGUCUUGCUCCUCUCGCCUUGUGUUACAGAAGGGGCGCGGUAUUUAACUUGCAGAAAGACGACGUUGCCUUGAGUUUCACCUGUGGACCUGUAGCUGACUAGGGUUGCUGUUCAGUUAUGCCACGAGUUUAUUUGACCUUAACUUUGUUUAUUUUUGAAGCUGAUACUUUAACUGAAACUUGGAAAAUGGAAAUAAAGAAUAUAAUUUCA